UGAAAUGAACUGAACUGAAGAAAAUGAUUUAAAAGGAAAAAAAUAAUAAGAAGACUAAUAAAUAGGUAUUAAAUAAUAAUAACAAUAAUAGUAAAAAGACCAUCAAAUCAAAAAGGAUUGUUUUUAAAAUAAACAGUUAUAUCGUAACGAAUACUAAAAAAGGCCAAAAUUAAGAAGAUAAAAAUCAAGAAUAGAUCUAGUAAUAGUAGUUGGUUAAUAAAAAGAGAUUAAUUAUAUGAUCAAAAAUUAAACUAGUUGAUGGGGGAAUUAGAUGAAGAAAAUAAAUCUCGAAUUACAAUUUAGAAAGAGAAUAAUAACUAUUUUAAUUUCUCAAAGUUGAAUAAAAGGAUGAGGUAUUUGAAAUAAUUUAUGAUUUCAAUGUUAAAUUGAAUGAAUAUUCAAAUCAGAUAAAAUAAUCUAGUAACAUUAAACGAAUUUCAGAAGUAUAAGAUACAAGAAAUUUGUAAUUAGAAAGUCA